AUGAGGGCCGGCUUCCCGCACAAGCUGCUCUUUGUCUGCUUCUCCUCCUUCCUCUUCCUGCUGCUUGUCAUUGUCCACCAGGACGCCCCCGGGACCCUGCAGCUGGGGCUCUUGGUCGCACCCCGGCGUGAGCCUGUCUCUGUGGAGCUGCUCCAGGGCAGCCCCGUCUUCCAGUGGCGAGGCACUGAGGAGGAGAAAGCCAGGCACUCCAUGCCUGUGCCCGUGCCCAGCCGCCCGCCAGCGUCCACCAGGCACCCGCUGCAGGUCGUCUACCCCUACAGCUACCGCUUCCUCCUGAACGAGCCGGACAAGUGCCGGGAGCGGGCGCCCUUCCUGGUGCUGCUGGUGGUGACGGAGCCCAAGGACAUCGAGGCGAGGAACGCCAUCCGGCAGACCUGGGGCAACGAGAGUGCCGUGCCCGGCGUCUCCAUGGCGCGGCUCUUCCUGACCGGGGUCCACCCGCACUACAGCGCCCCGCUGCAGCAGCUGCUGGAGGAGGAGAGCGCCCUGCAUCGCGACAUCAUCCAGCAGGACUUCCUGGACACCUACAACAACCUGACCCUGAAGACGCUGAUGGGCAUGGAGUGGGUGAGCAGGCACUGCCCCAAUGCCAGCUACGUGGUGAAGGCCGACAGCGACGUCUUCCUCAACGUGGGCUUCCUCGUCCGGGAGCUGCUGCAGCCUCAGCUGCCGCCCAAGAAGGACUUCAUGACGGGGUACAUCUACAGGAACACUGGGCCGCUGCGGAGCAAGGCGUACAAGUGGUACGUGCCCCGGGAGGUGUACCCCAACGACACCUACCCCCCGUACUGCGGCGGCCCCGCCUACGUGCUCUCUGGAGACCUCGCCAAGAAGGUGUAUGGGGUGGCCCAGACCCUCCGGGUCAUCAACAUGGAGGACGCGUUCAUGGGGAUCUGUUUGCACGAGCUGGGCGUCAGCGUGACCGACAGCCCCUGGGGCCUCUUCAACAUCGUCUGGCUGGAGUAUGAGAAGUGCCAGUUCUCCAAGCUGGUGUUGGUGCAUCACUUCGGGCCCACGGACCUGCUGAGGGUCUGGCCGGACUUCCUGGGCGGGAACAAGACGUGCCCCAGCUAG